AUGCCAUACUCAGAGAAACUCAAACCGAUACGGAAGGAUAGCUUGGCCUUACAGCAUCAGUAUUCUGGGAGAAAUAACCCCACCUCAGAAUACCAACCCUCUAGGAGUGGUAACCUCACCUCAGAAUACCAACCCUCUCUGAGUGACAACCUCACCUCAGAAUACCAAUCCUCUGGGAGUGGUAACCUCACCUCAGAAUACCAACCCUCUCUGAGUGACAACCUCAACUCAGAAUACCAAUCAUCUGGGAGUGACAACCUCACCUCAGAAUACCAAUCCUCUCUGAGUGACAACCUCACCUCAGAAUACCAAUCAUCUGGGAGUGACAACAUCACCUCAGAAUACCAAUCCUCUAUGAGUGACAACCUCACCUCAGAAUACCAAUCGUCUGGGAGUGACAACCUCACCUCAGAAUACCAAUCAUCUGGGAGUGACAACCUCACCUCAGAAUACCAAUCCUCUAUGAGUGACAACAUCACCUCAGAAUACCAAUCCUCUAUGAGUGACAACCUCACCUCAGAAUACCAAUCCUCUGGGAGUCAUAACCUCACCUCAGAAUACCAAUCGUCUGGGAGUGACAACCUCAUCUCAGAAUACCAAUCAUCUGGGAGUGACAACCUCACCUCAGAAUACCAAUCCUCUGGGGGUGACAACCUCCCCUCAGAAUACCAAUCCUCUAUGAGUGACAACCUCACCUCAGAAUACCAAUCCUCUGGGAGUCAUAACCUCACCUCAGAAUACCAAUCGUCUGGGAGUGACAACCUCAUAUCAGAAUACCAAUCAUCUGGGAGUGACAACCUCACCUCAGAAUACCAACCCUCUCUGAGUGACAACCUCACCUUAGAAUACCAAUCGUCUGGGAGUGACAACCUCACCUCAGAAUACCAAUCAUCUGUGAGUGACAACCUCACCUCAGAAUACCAAUCAUCUGGGAGUGACAAACUCACCCCAGAAUACCAAUCAUCUGUGAGUGACAACCUCACCUCAGAAUACCAAUCAUCUGGGAGUGACAAACUCACCUCAGAAUACCAACCCUCUUGGAGUGAAAACCUCACCUUAGAAUACCAAUCGUCUGGGAGUGAUCAACUCACCUCAGAAUACCAAUCCUCUGGGAGUGACAAACUCACCUCAGAAUACCAACCCUCUUGGAGUGACAACCUCACCUCAGAAUACCAACCCUCUUGGAGUGACAACCUCACCUUAGAAUACCAAUCGUCUGUGAGUGAUAACCUCACCUCAGAAUACCAAUCCUCUAGGAGUGGUAACCUCACCUCAGAAUACCAAUCCUCUGGGAGUGACAACCUCACCUCAGAAUACCAAUCCUCUGGGAGUGACAACCUCACCUCAGAAUACCAAUCCUCUGUGAGUGACAACCUCACCUCAGAAUACCAAUCAUCUGGGAGUGACAACCUCACCUCAGAAUACCAACCCUCACUGAGUGACAACCUCACCUCAGAAUACCAACCCUCUCUGAGUGACAUUCUCACCUCAGAAUACCAAUCAUCUGGGAGUGACAACCUCACCUCAGAAUACCAACCCUCACUGAGUGGCAACCUCACCUCAGAAUACCAAUCCUCUGUGAGUGAUAACCUCACCUCAGAAUACCAAUCCUCUGGGAGUGACAACCUCACCUCAGAAUACCAAUCCUCUGUGAGUGACAACCUCACCUCAGAAUACCAACCCUCUAGGAGUGGUAACCUCACCUCAGAAUACCAAUCAUCUGGGAGUGACAACCUCACCUCAGAAUACCAAUCAUCUGGGAGUGACAACCUCACCUCAGAAUAUCAACCCUCUCUGAGUGAUUAA